AUGUGUAAUCUAUCUAUCUAUCUAUCUAUCUAUCUAUCUAUCUAUCUAUCUAUCUAUCUCAAUCUGUUCAUAUCUCGCUUUUUUUCCUUUCAUUCAAAUUCUUUCUUUUUAAAAGAUGCACAUUCUGUCAUAACUGUUUAUUCUUUUUUUUCUUUCUUUCUUUCUUUCUUUCUUACUUUCUUUCUUUCUUUCUUUUUUAUUUUUUUUAUACAAAUGUUUUCUUACUUUUUUCUUUUUUUUUCUUUCUCCCUCGUUUUUGUGGUUAUCCUCCUAUCAAAUUCUUUCUUUUUUUUUAAAAAAAAAAAUGAUGUCUUUUUUCCCAUGAUCCAAUUAAAUUCUUUUUCUUUCUUUCUUUCUUUUUCUUUUAUUUUUUUCUUUCUUUCUUUUUUAAAUUUUUCUUUUUUUGCCCUUCAUCCAAUUAAUUUCUUUCUUUCUUUCUUUCUUUCUUUCUUUCUUUCUUUCUUUCUUUUUCUACUUUUAUCGUUUUUCUUCUAUCAAAUGCAUUCUUUUUUUUAA